CUAGUUAAGUAGCUAUAAGCACUCUAGCUAGCUAGCUAGUUAAGUAGCUAUAAACACUAGCUAGCUAGUUAAGUAGCUAUAAACACUAGCUAGAUAGUUAAGUAGCUAUAAGCACUCUAGCUAGCUAGUUAAGUAGCUAUAAACACGCUAGCUAGCUAGUUAAGUAGCUAUAAGCACUCUAGCUAGCUAGUUAAGUAGCUAUAAGCACUCUAGCUAGCUAGCUAGUUAAGUAGCUAUAAACACUAGCUAGAUAGUUAAGUAGCUAUAAGCACUCUAGCUAGCUAGCUAUUUAAGUAGCUAUAAGCACUCUAGCUAGCUAGCUAGUUAAGUAGCUAUAAACACUCUAGCUAGUUAAGUAGCUAUAAGCACUCUAGCUAGCUAGUUAAGUAGCUAUAAACACUAGCUAGCUAGUUAAGUAGCUAUAAACACUAGCUAGCUAGUUAAGUAGCUAUAAGCACUCUAGCUAGCUAGUUAAGUAGCUAUAAGCACUCUAGCUAGUUAGCUAUUUAAGUAGCUAUAAGCACUCUAGCUAGCUAGUUAAGUAGCUAUAAACACUCUAGUUAGCUAUUUAAGUAGCUAUAAGCACUCUAGCUAGCUAGUUAAGUAGCUAGAAUCACUCUAGCUAGUUAGCUAUUUAAGUAGCUAUAAGCACUCUAGCUAGCUAGUUAAGUAGCUAUAAACACUCUAGUUAGCUAUUUAAGUAGCUAUAAACACUCUAGCUAGUUAGAUAAGUAGCUAUAAGCACGCUAGCUAGUUAGAUAAGUAGCUAUAAGCACUCUAGCUAGUUAGAUAAGUAGCUAUAAGCACUCUCGCUAGUUAGAUAAGUAGCUAUAAGCACGCUACACUCUAGCUAGUUAGAUAAGUAGCUAAAAGCACUCUAGCUAGUUAGAUAAGUAGCUAUAAGCACGCUAGCUAGCUGCCAUGGGAGAAAGCAGUCCGCAGUCUCCGACGCUGCACUUGGAUCUGGACAACUUUGAUACGACGGACGCCGAGGACAGCACGUAUGUUUUAACCAGUCCGCGGUCGUUGGAAUCAUGUGCAAGACUCGGCGUCAAACCCGUUCAACUUUUAAUAAAAUCUCUAAGCGAUUUCGUUGAUGACAACGUAAACCCAGAUAUCCCGUUUGAGGCACUGACAGUUCUGUACGAGGCGUACGAAAAGGAAGGCAGGGGGAUUUUGCAGCUGUGCCGCGAAGAGAGAGAAAAGAUUGUUUUGGAAACGAAAGAAAGACGACCGUCUCUUAAACUGUCUGCCCUCGAAACUGUCGUCGAGGUAGAAAGUCGGAACUCUCUCGAAGAAGAUCCCAAAUCAAGAGAGGACUCCUGUGAUGCUUUGAGGAAGCAAACUAAUCAAUCUGUGGACCACAGCCCCAGAAGGAAAUCUGUGAGCAGUGGCAGGUCCUCUUAUUCUGCUGCGAUCACCAGAAAACAAAACAGAAACAGCUUGAGACCGACUGACAAGAACAUGAUGGUGUCCAGCCUAAGUCUUGGUGACCUCCGACACUCCCCAGCCACAGAAAGACAGUUGGAGAGGCUCACUCGAGACGUCAGGAAGAAGAUGAAUGUCACAGUCCCAGCGAAAGACCGUAAGAUAGCAGCUCUGAUGUUGGUGAAGCACCAAGAGAAGCAGACCAGGCUGAUGCUGAGCCAGCAGGAGGAGCAGGAGAGAGAGGAGGCCCGGAGGCAGGAGGAGGUGCAACGAGUCCAGGCGGAGCGCAGGAGGAAGAAGGAGCUGGAGAAGAGCAUGCAGCGGUGGCAGGAUGGGCUGGAGGCGCGGAGGAGGCAGAAGGAGCGCCGGGAGAAGGAGUUGGCCGGUCAGCGCGAGCAGGAGGUGCUACUGCAGGAGGAUCGCUGGAGGAGGCUCACAGAGGAGCAGGAGGUGCGGAAAAGAGACAAGAAAGAGAUGGCGAGGAGAGAAGCGGAGGAGCGCAAAUGCCUCCAGGAGCAGCUGCUCAAAGACAUGGAGCGUCUGGAGCAGGCAGGGAGAGAGAAGGAGGUGCAGCUGUCGCAGGAGAAGGAGCAGAGGGCCAGGAGGAGCAGGGUGAUCCGAGAGAGGAGGGAGAGGAAGAGGCUCCAACAAGAGAACCAGGGGGAACAUCUCAGAUGCCUCCUCCUGAAGAGGGAGGUGCAGCAGCAGUUGGAGGAGGAGGAGGCGCUGAUGAGGAGUGCCCUGGAGGAGAAACUGCAGCGCUCCUGGGAGAAGAGGGCCCAGGCAGUGGCGUUGCGCCUCAGGGAGCUGCAGGGAGAUCGGCCAGGGAGGAGGAGCAGAUCCAGAGGGCCCAGCUCCGAGCCUCCUGGCACAGCCAACAGCAGCUCAGGGAGAAAGAGGUACUGGCCCAGCUGAGUCAGCGUCGUAUGGAGCAGGCAAGCCAGAACGCUCACACCCAGAGGAGGAGCAGGGCACAGCGGGCACAGCAGGAAAACAUGGAGAGACUCCUCUGCCACCAGCGCCUCCUAGACAGUGUACAGAGAGAGGAGGAGACUGAGA